AUGGCGGCGUCUGCGGCGGUGGCGUUUGUGACCUUCGGCUGCCUUCUGGGCCGCAGCCAGGGCUUCCCUGUGGCCGCCAGAUGUUUUGGUGUGCAGGUGUCGCCCACGGGGGAGAAAAUUACCCACACAGGCCAGGUUUAUGAUGAAGAUGAUUACAGGAGGAUUCACUUUGUUGGUCGCCAGAAAGAGAUAAAUGAAAACUUUGCAAUUGAUUUGAUAGCAGAGCAACCAGUAAGCAAAGUGGAAAGUCGAGUGAUAUCAUGUGAUGGUGGAGGAGGAGCUCUGGGUCAUCCAAAAGUAUAUAUAAACUUGGACAAAGAGACUAAAACUGGGACUUGUGGGUAUUGUGGACUUCAGUUUACACAACAUCACCACCACUGAAACCAGUUAUACACUGAAACCAGUACAAUUUUCUGCAUGUAAGAAUUUUGGUAUUUUAA